UUUUCAGUUGCUACUGCCUUUCAUAUUCAAUCGUCACUGUCGCGCUUUCUACUUGUACUUUCUAACUCACCUCACUUCUCCGCGCACGAAACCUAAUAUUCAAACGUGAAAAGGAUAAAUAUCCUGCCCACCACGCGACUCACCUUGGGAAAUUUUCUUACUUUUCCCAACUUUUCUCAACCUAACCAACCUCCAUCGUCCUCCCACAUCUCCCAAUCCCACAAACCCACUCGCAUCUCGUUCGUAUCAAUUUUCGUUACGCUACCUAAUGCCGAACGAUCUUAAUCCUUCUUUCAUACCAACUACACGAAAAAGGAUCUAAGAACGACCUGCGACCUCUAUCCAUUUAUUCAAUGGCACCACCCUCGAGAUUCGGGGGUGCCCCUCCCUCUAUGGCACCUUAUCAACACCAAUUUCCUUCCCACCCGUCUCAGAACCAUGCGACGAGCCAUCAACCUCCCGCGCUGGGAAACUCAGCAUACCUAAGUAACGCGCAAAUGAGUCCCUUUGCUGCGAACGGUCUGGGACUCGGCGCGGGUGGUAUGAAUGCUGGCGCUGGCGCUAGCUUCGGUGUUGGAGAUCAAACCGGCUUCGCUAGUCACGCAGCCCGAUCUGGAUUCCAACAUGCCGCGCAACUACAACAGCAGCAAGGCCACCCCCAUCAGCAGGCACACGGAAUGGGUGGCGAACGACAAGCACGGGCCGGCGGUGGCAAGCUUCGCAUACGUGAAGUUUGGAAGCACAACUUUGAGGAGGAAAUGGGCGUACUGAUGGACUUGAUCGACGAUUUCCCCUAUGUAGCUAUGGACACAGAAUUCCCCGGUAUUGUGGGUCGACCCAUGGGAAAUUUUCGAGGAAAAAGCGAUUAUCACUACCAGUGCCUCCGCGUCAACGUCGACCUGCUCAAGGUGAUCCAGAUAGGGAUCAGCUUGUUCAAUGAGAAAGGAGAAACUCCCGCCGAACGAGCUAACGCAUCGCCGAACGAAAUCGGCCCCGGUUCCCGACGACAUGCUGCCCAGGCGCAGAUGCCUCUUGCCUGGCAGUUCAACUUUAAGUUCUCAUUAAAGGAGGACAUGUACAACCAAGCAUCCAUCGAGUCGCUUCAGCAAGCUGGCAUCGAUUUCAACCUUCUCGACCGCGACGGCAUCGAUCCGAAGAAGUUCGCCGCGCUCUUCAUCGUAUCCGGCUUCGUGUGCUACGAUAACGUCAAGUGGAUUUCGUUCCACGGUGGUUACGACUUUGGUUACUUGACCAAGCUCCUCUUAGACCAGAAGCUAGCCAAUGACGAGAGCGAAUUUGACAAGAUCAUGAAGAAGUGGUUCCCAACCACGUACGAUGUCAAGCACCUGAUGAAGUACGCAGUGAAGCUUCACACCACAGGACUUCUCACACCUCAAGAUCCCGGUUCGGCCGAAAUCAUGCAAAAGUUCGAACAGAAGUCGGGCUUAGAGAGCAUUGCUGAGGCGCUGAAGAUUAAGCGGGUCGGAGCCGCUCACCAAGCUGGUUCGGAUAGCCUUCUAACGGGCAAGGUCUUCUUUCAGCUACGGGAGAGAAUCUACAACGGCGAGAUCUCCGAUGACCACAUCGGCAAAGUCUGGGGUCUUGGAUUCUCCGGGAUGGAAAUGCCGAUAUCACAAGGCCAGGCGAACAAUGUGGAGAGCACUCCGCCUAGCAACCUCAACGGCAAUGUGAAUGGCGGCCCAACCACGCCAAGCACCGUGAGCGUCGGACUUGCUAGUACCCCGGCCGCACAGUCUCACAAUACUAAUGGCAUGGGAAUGGGACCUAUGACGCCCGGUGGUGGAGGAGGUGUUUUUGGAGCCUUCAACUUCCCCAACCAGAGAUAGGAACUUAUUGGAGGAGCUGAAAGGCACUACGAUGCUACGAUGACCAUGCAUAACUGCAUCACUUUGGGUCAGGUCUAUAGUCAAGUGUGUCGAGCUAUGCACCGUCUAGCCAAUAGGAUCCUGGUUAAUCGUCGGGUAGCUAGAAGUGCCCCUUGCUCACCUAUUCGCCCUUCUCGUCCUACCACCCGGCGUUCUUCGGCCAUCCCUAUCAUCAAUCCGAUUACGAGAGAAGUUGUGGUAUACCCUCCCAAAGAUCACACUUCUCCUCAACCGACUACGACUUAACCCCGUUGGCCUGAGCAUCACGUUCGUUGCAAGGGGCCGACGUCGGGCUCGUUUUUACAGAGUGCGCCGUCGUAUCCCGAAGGUGAAUCAGAUGCCGCCAUUGAUGAUAACAUAAUGGCCCCGGUUCCCUAGCUGAAGAGGCGAAUUAGAGGUCAUUUUAAGGCGAUAAGGAUAUGAAGGUAUGAUUUCUUUUGUUUUGGGGGGAUUCUAUUUACCAUAUGUGUACCAUUAAGGGAGGAGUCAAGGGCUUCAUGAAAUGGUCGGGUGGGCUAAAAUAAAUCCACCUAUGAAUACAUAUGCUCGGUGAGUGUCACACGUUCGUUGACACCUCUGAGAUUGACUUGCAAGUUUCUGG